AAACCCCCCAAAGUGCCUGCGCUCUUCUUGACGUGGCUCCUACGACUUCGAGCUCGAGAGGGAGCGUCGGGACACUUCGACAUGAAGGAAAUGUUCGCCGCGGAUCAGGCUAGAGCAAUGCCUUCCUUUCACCUCAUCAAUCGUUGAUUUCGGCCUGUUCGCUCUGACCACUAGCACGCGUUUGUUGCAUCGUGCCAGCAUACGACACCAAUGAUUCAGUUCUGUGCGCUUGAGCUUUCAUCGCAGGCCGGUAUCGCGCGCUCUGCACUUCUUCCUCCGGUAGAACAUGGACCACAAUGCGUCCCUGGCUUUGGAGAAAUCCGGCAGCGCCUCGGACACCAGUGCAGGACCCGUCACUCCCGACCGAGCACCACAGGCAUGCGUCUCAUGUCGCAAGCAGAAACGAGGAUGUAACAAAGCCCUGCCGGCUUGUCGACUAUGCACUCGCAUGGGACGAAUAUGUGACUACUCGGACGGGCCAGUGACCGUCUCCAGCGCGGAGGUGACCGAGCUCACGCAAAAGAUACAAGACCUCGAGAGACGUCUUUCCGAACGCGAAAGCAGGGUCUUUUCCGAGGAAGCGGCCCCAACGUCGCACUAUGGCGGUGGCACAUCUCAACAAACAAUCGCACAACCAGGAGUCAAGCUUGCACAACGGCUGAGGGCCCAGGAAGCCAUCGGAUUCUUGGAUGCGAGGCUAUUGCGGAACCCGUAUCUGGAUACCAGGAGUACAGUAGAGGCACCUCAAGAUAUCUUGAACCACGUCGGUGGUGAAGCCAACAUUAAGCGAAUCACAACGGCCUAUUACGCGCAGGUCCAUCCGUGGCUGCCCAUGAUAUCCAAACAACGCUUGAUGGACAUGUCUCAAACCACGCCACUCAGCUAUGACCUCGCUGUCCUGAUCCUCGCCAUGGAACUUGUGCUGAGUCGGCCGGAUGCCGGGUCUGGCGAUCCAGACCACUACCUCUAUACCCUGUGCAAGCGGCACAUCCAAGGGCUUCAGGGCGUUCAGGCAUUCUCCUUGAGCUUUCUUCAGGGGACAGUCCUUGUUGCAUUGUUCGAAUAUGGGCACGGCAUGAACCCUUCGGCCUGGCUGACUCUUGGCCAGUGCGUGCAGCUUGUUGAGAUUCUAGGACUAAAAAUGUCGAGGGAAAACAGCGAGGCCACUGCCCAGCAUGUGGAGUGGCUGGUUGCAGAGGAGAAGCACAGGACGUGUUGGGCAGUAUACGUGCUCGAAAGAGUCAUGGCCAUCAGUUCUGAGAAGCGCCUCCUCAUGGCAGAGCCAGUGCCGACAGAUGUGCUUCCGGUAGACGAGACAGCCUGGAACCAGUCGGCUCGACAACAUCGACACGUGGCUCGCAACGUCUCGGCGCCCUACUCGGACCCCCAGUGUGCGUUUGCGCGGCUCUGCCAGGCGGCACACAUCGCAGCCAAAGUCAUACGGCAUGCCCAGGCCGCUGCGACACAAAAGGCUCUGGGCCACCGGGUCGAGGGCAUGGGGGUCGCCAGGCUGACUGCGACGGCCCAGAGCCUUUGCGCCAGUCUCUUUGCGGACUUUGCCGCGACGCCGGCGUCGUACUGGAUCCUGAUACCAAGCAGGAGUCUGGCUCUGAGCUCGGUCAUGACCUUGCUCAGGGCCUAUUGCUUGGUCGGUACUGUGCCCGCAGUGCCUAAUCUGGGUUGUCCCGCGCAGACAGGCGAGGAGUUGUCCCUGCACAUCGGCCUGGUUGACGGGCUCAGGUCGACUGCGUCACACAUUGCCGAGGACACGACCAACGUCAUGGCACUAGUCCUGCAGGACGGCGGCCUCGACCAGGUGUCUCCUUUCAUCCUCGACUCCAUCUACCAGUCGGCAUCGGCGCUGAGCUGGCUCGACAGCCCCGGCUCCGAGCUGGGCGUGCUGGGGCCCGAGACGAAUGCGCAGGCGCUGCUGGAGAUCGGCCACCGCUGGGCUCUGGGGCUGGCAUACCUCGGGUGUCUCGAGGAGCAGCGGCCCGGCGUCACGGCGCUGGCCAACACCCUUUCAGGGAGGAUCGACAUGGUUGGGGGUGAUGUGGACAUGUCGAGCUUGGGAUUUGGAUAGGACGGGGAGGAUUUAAAUGUAUAACUGGGGAAGCAACAAGACUUAAUACGUAAUAGCACGGUACACUCGUUGGCCUGACCUAAACAACAUGCGAAGUUCCGUCGACACAUAAGUCAUUGCCCGCACCAGUUGACGAGAUUAAGUACUUGAGAUACGUCUAGCACCAGAGGUUUGUACUGCCUACCCCAAAGUCCAGAAGGGUUCCACAAAAAGUCUGGAUCAGAAGUGGGGGCUUUUGUCUAC